ACAUUUCCUUACGGAAACGUUGCCGCUGAGACUGGCCAUAACCUUGCUGCAACAACAUUGUCGGGAGGAGGAUGCCGUACCCUUCCAGCAACAUGACCGUGCUAAGUUCCGAAGGGAAGCCAUACUGCGGAAAAUGAACAGAAAGGUUACCGCAAUGCCGGCGCAGGAACCUCGCGGAAUGGUUUUGCUGCAAACCUUUCUGUAACCUUUCCUUGGCAGGUGACACAAGUUUCCACUUCUGCGACCAGGUUGCAGAAACCUUAACGUAAUAACCCUUACGGCAUCUAUUUUUGUCGUAAUGAUGUCGUAACGUUAUCACGACAGAGUUUCGGCAAUGCUUAUUAAGAAAACCUUACACCAACCUUUUCCCCUCAAUGUGAGCGGGAAACCAAUGCUUUGAGAACCAAUCGGCAACGCUUUUGUAACGUUUCCGAGACGAACUAGCGGAAAUGUUUUACCUACAAGGUUGCGAUAGCCUUGCCUCGAAAGGUGUGAUUCGGCUCCGGUUUACGCAGUAAGGUUUCCGUAACCUUUGUGCGGAAACACUUACGGUAGCUAUGUGCAGCGCAACGACAGCGCAACCCUGCUGCAAGAAAGUUCCGUCAAUGCUCGUCCAAGAAACGUUACGCCAACCUUACCAUGUCAGUGAGGAGUGAAAAGCAUUCCUCAAGCGUCGAUUUGCAAUGCUGGCGCAACGCUUCCGAGACGAACCAGCGGAAAUGUUUUACCAACAAGGUUGCGAAAGCCUUUCCUCGAAAGGUGUGAUUCGGCUCCGGUUUCCGCGGUAAGGAUUCCGUAACCUCUGUGCGGAAACACUUACGGUAGCCAUGUGCAGCGCAACGACAGCGCAACCCUGCUGCAAGAAAGUUCCGUCAAUGCUCGUCCAAGAAACGUUACGCCAACCUUACCACGUCAGUGAGGAGUGAAAAGUAUUCCUCAAGCGUCGAUCCGCUAUGGUGGCGCAACGCUUCUGAGGUUGCUGCAAGAAAGUUCCGUCAAUGCUCGUCCAAGAAACGUUACGCCAACCUUACCAUGUCAGUGAGGAGUGAAAAGCAUUCCUCAAGCGUCGAUUUGCAAUGCUGGCGCAACGCUUCCGAGACGAACCAGCGGAAAUGUUUUACCAACAAGGUUGCGAAAGCCUUUCCUCGAAAGGUGUGAUUCGGCUCCGGUUUCCGCGGUAAGGUUCCCGUAACCUCUAUGCGGAAAUACUUGCGGUAGCCAUGUGCAGGCAAUGUGCAGCUAGCAGUAUACCUUUUCGUCCUUUGGAAGUGGUUAUGGUGAUGAGGAGGGGGGAGGGAAUAUCAAUGAAUAAAAAAUUUGAAAUAAAUUAGGAUUAUGUAGGUAUUGAAUUUUUAAGAAAUAAAUGGAAUAUUAGAAAUCUACAUAUUUCUUCUUCGCUGUGUUAAGAAUAUUUUGUUAAAAUGUCAAGCCAUAUCGUGCUGAGUCGUUUCCCUCCAAUAAAAUAAAAUGGGAGGAACAUACGUGGUUCGCAAGUUUCGCCGGUGAAAUUCGAAGUGCCCGCGCUGCUCUUUGAAUUUCGCGCGGCGCCGGCAUUGCGCAUGUGCAACGGUUUCGCGCGCGAAGGCUCUAGAAGCGUCGUCGGCGUCUAGAAGACUGAAGAAGUUUGUUUUCGUGGUUCGUGCAACAAGUCGUUCUUACCUGUCUCAUUACCCUUCUCAGAUUAAAUUACUUUUACUUUCACCGAAACGUGAGUUGUGUGCUAUACUCGUGGAAAACAAAACAAACCCGUGGAAAUGUGACCAACAUAGUGCCAAGUGCGUGUUGAAGACUUAGGUUGAAGACCGGCUGCCGCUUAGAAGCAAAGGCAAGUUUUGAAAAUUCCAGGAACGCAGAGCAAGCUGCUUCGCAAUUGUUUUCUUAAAUUGUCUCUUCAUUAUGACAGAACAAAAAUUCGCAAUCGUAAAGUUUCCUGAUGAAGAUGAUGCAGUAGAUAUCAUUCCCACAGCCUGGCUCCAUGAUGAUGAACUUUAUUGCUAUUAUCCGAGGGUGAAAACCAAUGAGGAAAGAAACAAUCUUGUCAGAAGAUGUAUUGAAGCGGAUGAAGAAUCAUGGGAUGUAAUCCCUACAGUAGUUCUGGCAAAAUUUGUGAAGUAUGAGAACGCUCGAAAAAAACUUCCGAUGGCGGAAGUUCAGUCCAACCUAGACGAUGAUGAUGAACACCCACCUAAGAGAGCCAGAAAGAAACGGAAGUUUCUUGGGGAGAGUAGUGAGGAUGAAUAUUGCAAUAAUGAUGAUUCUUGUGAUGAUGAUAUGGAACCUCAGGCUUCAAAGUUGAAUCAAAAGCAAGUAGCCAAGAAUGCUCGAAUGCCUCGAAGUAGACAUGCAUAUCCAUCCAAGAAAAUGAUCUACCAGAGUUUUCCAGAACCACCAACUGUUGUGCCUGGACUAAAAAAGAACCCAGCCAAUGAUAGAGAACAGAAUGAAUCUCAACCACAUAUUGAGGAAGAAAACACCAGCGAGGACCACUUGUCAUCAGAAAGGUCAGCAUCCAUCAAUAGAAGUGAGCCGUCUUGGCCGGAUAUUGAGUCAAAGUUCCAGUGGUUGACAACGUCUUUGAGUGACUUAAUUGAUGCAUUUAAAGGCUUAAAAGCCAUGGUCUCUGCUAUCGAUACAAAAAUAGACAAGCUCUGCAUGAACUCAGAGGAGGAACACAAAAUACAGACAGCUGUUGCUGUCUCAAUCCCCGCCAAAAGCUUUUCUGAAUUUGAAGUGCUUAACAACGCUGUUCAGUCAAGCAAGGCAGCAAAAAUCCAGUUGGAAACAACUCUGAAAGCAGUCGCCGAGACCAAAGUCUCAAAUACCAUUCAAAACAUGCUGCAAAAGAUUUUUACUGAUGAACUGGCGGUGUCUUUUUGCCUUGCCGGAAAAAGUUCCGAAAAGAAAGUGUUUGAAACCUAUUUUCUCUAUAAUACUGUUCUGGAAUGCACGAAGGCUGUAUAUCCAGCAGAACUGAAGGUGGAAACUGAUGCCAGAGAUUCAAUGAGUACUUGGUUUACUCAAGCCAAACAUAGAAUCAAGAAAAGAAAAGAACGAGCGAGAAAGAAAGAAAUGAGGUCUCUUGAAAAAUUACCUCAAGCUGCAUCAAUUACUUUUGAUUCAGCAGCACCAAAGACAACUGAUACAGCAGCACCAAAGACAAGUGAUGCAGCAGCACCAAAGACAAGUGAUGCAGCAGCACCAAAGACAACUGUAGAGAAGGACAAACGGUUGGAGGAAGCAAAGGAAAAUGAUCCCAUUGUUGUGAAUUAGUUUGUUUCGUAUGCAGUCCAAUAAGUAUGAGAUUUUGAAAGUGUUCUUAGGUCAAGAGGAAGUACUUAACCUUUUGGGGCGGGGCCUCAGGCUUCUGGGCGGACCCCAAAUCAAAAUUUUCAGAUUGACGGUGGCCAGACACUUUACCCAAUUUUGUUUGGUCCAACAAUUGUUUGGUCCGUUGCUGAAAUUUGUCCAAUAAAAUUUUGGACCAAUAGUUUUUUAACCAAUAGUUAACUUAGUCCACGUUAGUUUUUGGUCCAAGGUAAUAUUUAUUUUGUGGGAAAAAUUAAUUAAUAAUAAAUUGUCUGUUCAUGAUGUGGCUAAUCAUCGCCGCCUUCCGAGUCUCAUCCGCCCUUUGCUUGAGAUUGUUAGCAAUCGCCCGCAAGUAAGUACGGACAUUGUUUUGCUGCUUGUAUUCUUCGUAAUUUCCAACUAUCGUCUCAACGCGUCUUUGGUUUCGAACAUACUUUGAAUUUAUCGGGUCUCUAAGAUGUCCAUGCCCUCCUAGUAGUUGUGUGACAGCUGCUUCUGUAUCUUGUUGUUCUUUCUGCAGCUCGCCAAUAAACCGCCAAAUGUUUAAGUGAUGUGCGACAACUAUUCUUUGGAAGCGAGAAUGGAAUGAUUCAACUUUGUUAUUCGUUCGCGCUUGUCUAUUUAACACAGAUUGAUACACAUUCCAGGUAGGCGGUGGGUAUCUCGGAGGAGUUGCUCGUCUUCGACCUCUCGCGGGGCGACCUCGAAGAUAAGUUAUAAACUACUAAUAUACUACUAAGUAUAAACUACUAGUUCUUCCCUCUCACCUGGUGUAUUUGUGACGCAGCGCGCGUUACAACUAUCUUUCAAGUGACACUGCCAGUACGUUCGGGUUCCUGAUUUAUUUUUUGAGGGGACGGUAUAAAUAAAGCCAUCCAAAACCAGCGCUUUCUUUUUCUUGGACGUGUUGAUCAGUUCGCCGGGCAUUUCAGAAAAUUUAAUUUUAAAUUAUAAUUUUAUUUAAAAAAAUUUUAAGCUUCUAAAAAAGUCGCGAAAAUUUUGAAGUAAAAAUUGGAUUUCACAUGUAGACUUUAAUUAAAAAUUUUGGAGUUUGUCUUUGACUCAUUUCUUACAGGUUAUAAUAUUUUCUCGUCCUCAGCUUUCAAAUUUUGCAAUUGAAAAGUUUCCUUAGCAACGUCCGACAAGUCAGCUGUUACACGAGGAAUGUAUAUAAUGAAUAAUAUUGUGGCUUACAUAGAACGUGGAUUAAAAAAGGGUGGGUUAAAUAUUUAAUUGGAUAAUAAAAUUUGGCCAAACUAUACCUUGGAUAAAAUUUGUUGGCCCAAUUAGGUAUUGGGUAAAAGAAAUUGGGUAAAGUGUCUAGCCACGAGAUUGACAACUGACAACAAAAAUGGGGGACAACCCCCAUUUUUUACGGCAUUUUCAGAGAGAAAAUAUAGAAGAAAAUGUUUGAGCUGAAGUGUAGGGCUCUACGAAUUUUCCUCGCCGAAAUAUUGGCGAUCAAAGUUAAAAAUUGGCCUGUUUUCAAAAAAUUGUGUGUGCCAAUUGAAAAAUCCUAAGUAACGAAACUUGUGAUUCAAAUGUUCAGAAUGACAAGCGUUCUCAAGGAAAUGUGCGAAUUUCGACUUUGCAGGUCGCAGGCCACCCCCUCCGGCUACUCCGUGGAUCGCACUCCC